UUCUUACUACAAUAUUUUAGAAAUUUCAGUCUUGUUUUAGCGACCGAGCGAGUGUGAACGGCAAAGCAAAUGCGCGAGUGGUGCAAUUUUUUAGUUUUAAUGUGUGAAGAAGAAAACUGUGGAAAAGAGAACAAUUUUAAGAUUUUUUCUUUCAACCAAAUUUAAAGAAGUUUUAUUCACCUAAUACACUCUAAUGAUGGAGGAUAUUACAAAGAAUAUAAUAUUCACCACCAAUGCAAUAGGUGCUAAUGGGCAGCCUACUACAAUACAGUACCAAACAGCGGAUGGCACAAUUUUAAAACAACCUAAAAUAGAAGGGCAAAAGGCGGAUCAGCCAACUUUUUAUUACACCACCACUAAUGGCAGCGCUGCAACUACAGUGAAUUUGGCGCAACUAACCACCGACGACAACAAAACAUGUUAUAUUGCCCAACCAGUUGGUGGUUAUAAUUAUGCGCUGGUAAAUGGUAUGCAAUUAAAUCAAGGUGGCACAAUUGGUAUAGCCACAUUGGAUGCACAAGGACGGCUGCAGAUUGUAAACCAAAAUAAACCAAUUGCAGCUUCGUUACAGACCAUCUCACCCAUGCCGAAUACCAUCUCGAAUAUCAGCUUCAAAUGUGAUGUGUGCGGCUUAAUGUUUUCUCACUUGGCACUAUUGAAUCAUCACAAACGUAUUCAUACGCAAGAUGGUAGUGAUCAACAGCAACAACAGGGGCAACCAGAAACAAUAGUUUUGAAUGCGCAGGGCUUAGUACAGGCGCAAAAUAUAAUAACAGAAAACGGACAAAUGGGUCAAAUUCAAAUUGUGGCAACGGAAUCGUUGGAUCCUGCCGCAAACGUACUGCAACAGCAACAACAGCAACAGCAACAUACCAAUUCCGUUGUUUCCAAUAUUCCAGCACAAAAUACCGGUAACGAGAGUACUGCGAAUACGACCAAUAUUACUGGUUUAAAAUCGGUUAAAUUGACACAAUCAAAAUGCAUCACUUGUGGCAAUCAAAUGUUACAACCGGCUAAACGUAAAGGUCCAAAGCUAGUGCGCUGUGAAGAUUGUAUACGUGCCGACCAAGAGAUGUCAACACAGCAAGGAAUUACACCCACUCAAAUUUUUGUUGCACAAGAUGGUGAGAUUAAAUGUGAAAUAAAUGAAUUUGUUGGCGGUGGAAGUACUGACUCCUCGCCAAUGGAUACGCUAACAGCACAAGACGGUAUGUUAUCACAUCAACUGCAGCCGAUGCAAGUAGUUUCGAAUUCGUCUGAACACCAACAAAACACACAACAAAUACAAAAUAUAGCACCGAAGCAGGAACAAAACCAAACAUCCACUAAUAAUCAUCCAGUAAAAAAACGAAAUCAACAACAAGUGACAAAAUGUCAAAAAUGCAAUGGAUCCGGAGUGGUAUUUGUUGGCACAGGUUCACCGGCCACUAAGCAACAAGCUGCUAAUGGAAAAACAGAAAACCCCAAACCAUUUACUUGCAACAUUUGCGGUGGCACAUUCUCGCGUUACUCGAGUUUGUGGUCGCAUAAAAAGUUACAUAGCGGUGAAAAGAAUUACAAGUGCAGCAUUUGUGGUUUGGCGUUUGCCAAGGCGGUAUACUUGAAAAAUCAUGCCAGGAUACACACUGGCGAGAAGCCCUACAAAUGUCAAACAUGUGGCAUGCAAUUUUCACAAUCACCGCAUCUAAAGAAUCACGAACGAACACAUAGCGGUGAACGUCCAUAUGUCUGCGAAGUGUGCGAUAAAGGAUUCGCUCGCCAUGCCACGCUGUGGAAUCAUCGACGUAUUCACACUGGCGAGAAGCCUUAUAAGUGUGAAAUUUGUGGCUCAGCAUUUUCACAAGCUGCACAUUUGAAAAAUCACGCUAAAGUACACUCCGGUGAGAAACCAUUCCGUUGCGAUAUUUGUUCGGCGGCAUUUGCCGAUCGAUUCGCGUUGAAACGGCAUAGAGGCAUUCAUCAGAAAUAUGGCCAAACAGCUCCACGACAACCAGCACAAACGAAUCAACAGUCUAUGAGUACUGACGGUCAAUCUGUUAUGAUACAUAAACAGGAGAUAGCUGAAAUGGAUGAUGAUGCGCAACAUGAAGUGAUCAUAUCCGGGUUAUAGACAAAAGCGGCAACAGCA